GGAGUGGGAGUAUUUAGAAGGACACAAGGAUCUCUACAAGGACGUCAUGAUGGACAAUCAGCCGCCCCUCACAUCACCGGAUGGAUCCAGUCAUGGGAACCCACCAGAGAGAUGUCCCCCGUCCUCUGUCCUCUGUAUUCCCGGGAUUCCACACAGGAAGCUCACACCAUCCCUCACCAUCAUCAGGUAGAUGGAUCCAGUCAUGGGAACCCACCAGAGAGAUGUCCCCAUCCUCUGUAUUCCUGGGAUUCCACACAGGAAGGUCACACCAUCCCUCCCCAUCAUCAGAGUGGAAACCUGAGAGAUUAUAAAACUGAGGUUAAACAAGAGAUAAAAGAAGAGGAUGAGGAUGGGGAACCCACCAGAGAGAUGUGCCUGUCCUCUGUAUUCCCGGGAUUCCACACAGGAAGGUCACACCAUCCCUCACCAUCAUCAGGUCGAUGGAUCCAGUCAUGGGAACCCACCAGAGAUGUUCCCGUCCUCUGUAUUCCCGGGAUUCCACACAGGAAGGUCACACCAUUCCUCACCAUCAUCAGGUAGAUGGAUCCAGUAAUGGGAACCCACCAGAGAGAUGUCCCUGUCCUCUGUAUUCCCGGGAUUCCACACAGGAAGGUCACACCAUUCCUCACCAUCAUCAGGUCGGUGGAGUUGAGGGUCUGGAACAUAAAAUCACCGGGUAAGAGGAGACUUUAUUGGAGGAGUGGGAGUAUUUAGAAGGACACAAGGAUCUCUACAAGGACGUCAUGAUGGACAAUCAGCCGCCCCUCACAUCACCGGAUGGAUCCAGUCAUGGGAACCCACCAGAGAGAUGUCCCCGUCCUCUGUAUUCCCGGGAUUCCACACAGGAAUGUCACACCAUCCCUCACCAUCAUCAGGUAGAUGGAUCCAGUCAUGGGAACCCACCAGAGAGAUGUCCCCAUCCUCUGUAUUCCCGGGAUUCCACACAGGAAGGUCACACCAUCCCUCACCAUCAUCAGGGUGAAGAUCUGAUGAAGAUGAAAGUUGAGGGUGAAGUAGAAGAGACGUAUGUGAGGGAUGAUCAGCAAUAUACGGAGGAGGCUGGAAUGACGAGGACAUUCAAAGAGGAGGACACUCCUACAGAGAUCAGCACAGGUGAGACACAAUAUACUCUUCUGUUAUCUCUGCUUUGCACUGAUUGGUCCAGAGUAGGGUGAGAGAUGAGUGACAUUAUAGGUUGGUAAUAGUCACCUCCUUGUACUGAUGCCCAUCCUGCACGAUAGAUCUUCUUUUCUCUCAGAUAAACCCUCUUAUCUGUG